GCAACCCCACUGGAGCUCCCGCCGGUUCGCAAAUGCACCGCGCAUGCGUCGAAAUUGCGCCAAUUUCGCGGGCAGCGGCCUCUGCCGGCAGUACCAGUCCGCAGGCACCCAGGGGCAGAGGCGGUGCGUCGCGUCGCUGCAACUGCACGGGAUGGCACUAAUUUUGAAAAUGUCAUAGUUCGAAAAUGGAACGGCGUGGUUACCGAUCGUCGUUUGCCAGGCUUAGCUAACCUGAGUGUUGUGUUUAGGUUAAGUUUCGGUGUUUAAGAAGAUAAGUUGGAAUAGUUUGAGGUUUUUAGUAGUUACGUAUGCGAGUGCAGUGUGGCAGAACAUAACCUUGACACGUUUCCCGCGCGAAGUUGCUUCUUGUUUUCAGUUGCACUUCAGUAAAAGCGAGAGCCUUAUAAUUAACAUCAACUUUCCCCUAAUAAACUGUACAUAUAAACCGGUAAUUUAUAGAUCUGAGCAGUUAUGUGUGGCGUAGGUUUAAAUAAUAUCGUAAAUCUAAAGUAGUAACUGUAGAAUGUUGCAAAAUUAUAUGGCAAAAUGACAUUUUUGUGACCUAUUCUAAGAAGAAAGCGGUGCGGUUCUGCCAAAAUGAGAAUUUAUAAAGAAUACCACAUCGCUAUCAAAAUCGUCUUCAUCAUUACAAUCAAACUGACUGACUGCGACGUCGUCACCGAGACUCCAAAUGGCAUCAUCACCGGAUUUCAAAGAGACUCGUACUCCAUAAAAGACAUUCCAGAACCAGAGAGCUUGCCCGUACUAACGGGUAACGACACGAGGUGUCGUAUCUCAGAGUAUCAAUGUACUAAUAAGAAAUGCAUACCGAUAAACCGAUUCUGCGACGGUAGUAACGACUGUGGGGAUUCGUCGGAUGAACCUAGGCACUGCACACGUUGCAACAAGACUUACUACGGGGACAUUGGCCGUACGUACGAGUUGGAGCUCCAUCGGCCGCGUGAGGACCUGGUACCAUACGUGUGUCUGCUUACCAUCACAGCGCCUGGAGGCGUGCAUGGGGAUUUGGUUCAAGUGUUAUUCGACAGUUUCACUCUCGGUCGCUUCACAUCCUUCACAGAAGAUGGAUGUCCCGAUGGCUACAUGCAGAUCCAAGAGGCUAGUAGGCCCCAAGUCGGCGGGUCAUGGUGCGGCACCUCGUGGGGCCCGUCGAUAUACUACAGCGAAACAAAAUCCAUUACGCUAAUUAUACGCUUACUACACUUAUCAAAAGAACAGAACAAUUACAAUUUUGAUUUCCGCAUGGCGUAUAAAGUGUUAAGAAGGGAAUAUGCCACAGUACGAUUUGGAGGAACGCCUCCAUCAGAACGUCCUUUUUUCAAGCUCAGGCCUAUGCCUUAUCCCGUAAACAUAUCACGGGGUGAAGAUACGAACGUCGCUAGAACGACAAAAACCGAGUAUUACCUCGGGGAUUUGAUCUCCGGAACUUAUUGCUCGCGGAUCUUCAGCGACUGCGAUCGUAAAAACUGUAGGCUACAGUCACCAAAUUUUCCAGGCGUUUACCCCAGAAACUUGACCUGUUACUACGCUGUGCGACAACACGAAGUGCCUCAAGGAAAACACGCUUUAAUUGUGGUGAAACAGCCGAAUGGUCAGCUCGUCUCAAUUAGAAGUCAGAAGGCAUUGUACGCCGCGUCUCAACAAGAGCGCGGAAACAAUGGGCGGGAGCUGAAAGUCUGGCAACAAUGCGACGAAGUGCAAGACUAUGUUACCGUAUACGACGGUUAUACGACGAGAGAUCCUGUUAUUCUAAAGUUUUGUGGCGGCGGGGUCGCCGUCCCUGAAGCGAUAUCGAGCGGACCUGAAUUAUUAGUUGAAUUCACGACAUCACCGUUUGGAACAUUUUUGCAGCCGGCGACUUUGCAGUCACUACAUGGAUUUCAGCUGGAAGUUGAGGUUAGAUUCGUCGAUCAACAGUCACCGACAUAUGCUAAGAACAAAAGAGCUUGUGAGUUCUGGAUCAGAGGCACGGGAAGGGGGAUUUUGGAACACCCGCAGCAUUCUCUGCCACCGAACACAACAUGUCUUUAUCAUAUGCAGGGAAUUGACACAUCUGGGCCGUCAGGGCGGAACCUUAUAUACAGGAGGCCUUCAUUUUCCGCCCCUAGAUUCAGAGUAUGGUUCUCCGUAUUAAAAUUCUACGUAAUUAAUGCUCUUAAUCCCAAUUUGCCCGAAGACGAGUACUGCGGCAGUCAUUUAAAUAUUUGGGACGGUCCUAUGAGAAUAUCACCCGGAUGCAGCGAUAUUUUUUGCGACAAAGAGCGCUCAGUCCAAAUGUCCCGCGCGACAUCAGCCCAAUCGGUGAUCGUUGGUCGACCACCCACAAAUGCCACGCUCAUCGCCCGCUUCUGCCGCGAGCGAGCACCCAGGACCUGUGAGCACGCCAUCUUAAGAAGAUCCAGGACUUGCGCGCGCACAGAGAGCUUUCUGUCAAAAGGAGACUCGCUGACGUUGGAACUGAAGUUGACACAGGGAACGGCUUUGAAGCCAAUAUUCUUCAAAGCCCUGUACGAGUUCGUCGACCUCCAUCAAGACGGUGAGCCGUGGGGACGCGGUCCGUGUUCUAGAAGAUUUUCUUCCCGAUCCUUUCCUGAGGCACCCCCAGAUCCACCUGUGACGUUUUCUUCGCCUAGAGAUGUCUUUCUGUAUGGCCGUGGUGGCUCAAGAAAUAUAAGUUGCACCUACCGUUUCGAAGCCAAUCCCGGCGAGGUAAUUCGGCUCCGGGUGUGGGGCGUGCGCAGUGGUGGCCGACUUUGCCGCUCAGUUCAUUCCGCGCAUUCGCCCUGGUAUCGUUGCGCAGGAGACCCGACUGCGGCUGUCAGGAUCUUUGACAGACUGUGGAAGGACGCCGGGCCGGGGGUUCCAAGGGAUUGCUUGUGCAGUGACAUCAACGACUACGAAUUCACAUCGACCUCGACAAUCGCCGAGCUCAAAUUCGAUGUGGUAAACAUGUCCGCCGUGGACGACUUCAGGUCCUUCGGCUUCGAGGCGUCGGUGGAAUUCAUCAGGCUGGAUACGGUGUGCGAGAGCUCGCAUAAAGUGCAUGGCGCUAGUGGCGAGCUGAGACUAGCGGCUAUGCACCCGGCAUCGGAAGCGGAACACUGCGAACAUCGUCCAUGGCUAAUUGACCCAUCACCAGGCCGUUACUUGUACCUGCAGAUUCAGGGCAGCAUCAUAAAAGAACCAGAGCUAGACAACUUCACUCUUCUGAAUAACAUCACCGUGGCUCCCGACUUGCGGCAUUUGUGCAGAACGCAGAAUAGAAUAGCGGUGUAUGCUGGUGGAUUAUCGCCUAUCUUUAUUUGUCCACAACCCCCUGAAGAGCAGUGGGAGGAGGUCGUCGAGAUAUUUUCCGAAGGCUGGUCGAAAGAAGUAGAUGGUCUGGCGCGUCACGUGCUGGGCCCGCCGCCGUCGCCGGACCGCUUCGACCUGGACUGGCCGCGGUCCCUGUCGGUGGAGCUUAUUGCAGUUGAACAUGGCUCUUACUACGUGUCCUGGCUAGAACUUUCUAGAAGGCACGCCAGCGAGCGUGGCGGUGUGUUCGCCUUGUCCGGCGACUGCGAGUACCGCUGCGCUUCCCUGGACGCCUGCAUCGAGCCCGCGCUGUGGUGUGACGGCGUCGCGCAGUGCCCGCACGGGGAGGACGAGCGCCUGGCUCAGUGCUCGGCGCUGCUGCGAGUCCCGGCGCAUUACGCUGCAGCUAUGUUGGCGUUCGCGGUGCUCGCGGCCACCGCUGUGUUGGCAGUAGCGCGCAACUGCCGACGACGCCGCUCCGCGCUCCAGCAACGCCUUAAGAGCCUCUCCUCGGACACCGCCAUAUUCGACGAAAAAGAAGUGAUUUGCUGACCAAGCGAGGACUCCGUGCGAUAUGUGGAAGUAGACCGCGUCACCACCGUGUGACGUGCUUCCCGCGCGGAGUCCUUAUGGGCACAUGUUAUUUCACUUUCAAAAUCACCAGCUCUGAGGAUGGAAAUGUACUGUUGUUGAGGAACUUUGUUCGCAUGAGGGUCAGUCGAGCACACGCAAAAGAACCAAAGCAAAUUUUAAAUAUGCAUGAAAGGUUUUAUUUAUUUAGUUCCAUAAGUUGUUUUUACAGUCAUCGUAUUUAGAAAGAGCGCUAAGUUAUCAGUCAUCACAUAUUGCUGUAUUACUUAUUUUAAUUGCAUACUACAACAGUCCGAGCACACACGAAUUGAGACAGUAAAACCUUUUUUUUGUAGAUAAUUGACAUGAUUACAAGUAAUUAACACGGACGCAGCUGACAUACCUAAAUAUUUGCGUAUACUAAAUUAGUACAUGGGACAUAGCUAAGACGACAAUCGUUUGCAGAAAACGAAUCGAAACGCUUUUAUUUCCAUACAUUAUUUACGUUUAUCUUAGCGUUUCGAUUCUUUUUCUGCAAAUCUUGGAAAGGCCCCUGAAACACCUAUGUGAGAUGACCGCGUGUUGUCUUUAUAGACUCCAUCGAAUAGUAGUUAGUCUGCAAUUUAAUCUCAUUACGAUGGGUUAACGGAGCCUUUUUAUUAUUGUUAUUGGUAGGUGUGUCUACGUGUAUUUCUUCACUUUUGCGUUGUGCUACUUGCUGGUUUUUAUGUAAGUAAAAAAAAUAUUGGUAAAUCGCUAAUGCAAUAAAAGUGUUGGUUGAUAUUCUUAGAGGAUUAGACGCGAAGCGAUUAAGGUUCGACUUGUUGAUAGGAUUAAUGGUUGUGUGAAAGUGUUCGCAUUUUAAGCACUUUUCGUAUGCAGCCAAUUUAUUGGAUUAUAAAUAAUAGACGAUCUCAAUUGAUAUUUAAUAGUAUGAUAAUGGAUAGUGUUUUUAAAAUUGGAAUGUUGAGUCCUCACAGCUGGUUCAGGUCGAAAUUUUAAGACAUGUAAAUAUGAUUGGGAUUUAAAGAUGAAAAUGUUCUUACAUUUUGGACCAAGUGCAGUCGAUCGGUGUUUGUAACUUGGUAUAAAUUAUGUUAAAAAAAAAUUGUUCAAAUCCCGUAUGCUUUUUAUUUGAGCAUUUUAAGGAAGAGAAAAAAAAUAAGUCAACGAAAAUUCAUGGUACAAACCAAGAAAAGUUAUUAAAUACCGUAAACUCGUGUAACUUUAGUCCACAACUUACAACUAUGGUCCAAAUUCAAGUUCCAGUAAAAAUAUAUAAAUAUUUUUCAAAUUAUGUUGAGUAUUUCAUGGAAAAAGCAUAAGUAGGUAAAUCUAAGCCUAAAAAUAAAUGUAACGAGUAUAAAUCAAAAUGGCUCGUUAUUAAUCAACGUUAAAUACUGGACCAGGGUUCCCUGACUAUAUUUACCUGAGUUUACAGUAUUUAAAAAGUAAAAAAAUUGAUGAAAGUAUUUGUAACUCAAAAGCAAUGAAAUCACAUUUUUCAAUAACUACAUGUAUUUUAUAAAUUCAUAAAGAAAAGAAUAUGUACAAUGGUAAAUUAACAUUAAAAAUUAAGAUGUUAAACAAGGCAAAAUUAAAGAUAUAACGCACAAUGAAUGAUUCUGGGUGAGUGGCCGAUCGACUCUGGCACAAUUUCAGUUACGAGUUAUUGUGAUUACUGCAUAAUUUGUACAUAAAAAGUGAAUUUGUAGCAAGUAUUGUUCUCAUUCGUUACUAUUUAGGCACAGUUACAUAACACUAUAGCAGAUACACCACUCUCAAAUGAAAACGGAACUUUCGCUUGACUAGUAAUUACUAGGUAAUCAACCAGUUGGUUAAAAUUUGAUUCCAAGAAUGUGCGUCAAUAUUCUGACAUUGGAUCGAAGAUGGCGUGAUAGUAAUAGGGACUGUGCGCGUUGGAGGGUCCGCCAUCUUGUGGUCUGAAUCGGAACCAUAAACAGGCACAUUUACACGUCAAGUGUUUUCUUGUGCAUAGUAGGUUCUGCCAUCUUGUGGGCUACAUCGGAACAAAAAACAUCACAUUUACGCCUCGCGCCAAAAAUCUGACGGCUCCUGUGCUGCCUCCUAUAGUUCAUGCACGCUCCCUAUAAUUCAAAACCGUGUUUCGUGGGGUGUGUCUGAUGUAGCAUUCUGUAAUAUGUGGUUUAGGAUUAAUAUGAUAUCGUUACGGCAAUAAUUUUAUUUAAAGUUGUUUGAUUGGUGCAAUCGAAAUCAUACCCUGUGUUCUAAAUAACUUAAGUAGUGUAUUCGUAUACGUGAUAUAAAACUGCCAUUUUUAUAUAAAAUAUUGUUCGUAUGUCGUUAUGAAUAUUAUAAAAUUUAUUUGUGACUCGUUUGUUUUUGUAAUUCUUUUUUGGAUGUCAAAUAUUGUUCUAACGUCAUUUACUGUACCUACGAAUAUUCCAAUUUCUACCAUCUUGAAAAAUCAUUAAUAUUGUAGAAGACCUAAUAUUGUAAUUCAUGAAAUAUCCUAUUGUAUUGGAAACGAUGUAAAUAUAACUAAGACUAUUCAUAUCUUAGAAAUGUAUUAAAGUGAUAUUGUUUGUUUCCCAGGGAAAUUCAUAAAUUCUACGAUAUCGCGUUAACUAUUAGUGAAAAUAAUGAAAAUAUUUAGCUAACUUAUUCAUUUAAAUGAUAACGCUGAAACAAAAACUAAAAUAUAAACCGUUUAUUACGCAGUAAAAUCUACAUGGAGCGUUAUUAUUUAGUUGAAAAUGCUAUUAUAAAUCCGAAUAUAAAUUUGAGAAUUUUAGAUAGAGAAUCAAAGAAAAUAUUACAAAGUUAUUAAGUACCUAUUUGAGUCAGAAAAUGAGUUUAAUAUUUUAAAGUUUUGAAACCUGCUUUAUUGUGCUUUUUUAUUUAUUUUAGUUUUAGUAUCCUAAAAAUAAGCUAGUGAAUUUAUUAAUUAAGGAAUUAUAGUGACAUGACACUGGAUUUAGAAAAUGUUUGUAUCGUCUUCCAUAAUGUAUGAAAAUUCCGGUUUGUUUUCCCUUCACCUGAACUAUAAUUUAAUAUAGAUAUCAUAUACUAAAGAAAAAAAGGUUUAUGAUGACUUCGUGCGCCCAAGGCAGAGAUCGUAUGAAAUGUCCAGCGAUCAAUUUCGUCAAUCGAAAAACUGUGGAAAACGGCGAAAUGCUAUGCUAUGCUUUUGAAAGGAGAAUGAUAGAAAUUGGUAAUCAACUGUUAAUGACCACGCGUUUAUAUCAUAUCCGCUUUUACGACACACGAUAUUGAGCGCUCGAAAUGUAAAAAUCGGCCCCCUGCGUCUAAGACAUUUUAACGUAGUUUAGGGAAAAGGACCCAUGCUUAAAUAAGUCAUUUGAAUACGUGACUUUUGUUUUUGACAGAAAGUUCAAAUUGAAUUGACAGGUUUCUUUUGAUUGGUUACUUUUUCCUGAAUUACGCCCAUUUACUUCUAGACCACUUGGUGUCCCUUUCAUGUAAUUUAGUAAUAAUAGCUAGGAAGUUUCUUCUUAAUUCUUUUUAUUAGAAAUAGACUGCCGAUAGUUCUCAAGUUAAAAGGUUCCGUGGAACUGGCCCCUGGGUCUCGAUCUCAUUGGUUCAAUGAGGUUAGAAAUGAAAUUGCAGUUUACGCACCUGAAGCUAUCUUCCAUUGACAAAUCUAAUAAUAAAAGCUAACAUGUUUUUUUUCAGGUCUCAAAUGGUAAAAAAGCGCAAUAAUAAAAGCGUAAUAAAUCCUCCUAGCUGCCUCCUAUCCUAGUCGGUCAACAAUGUGGUUGGCAUUUGUCAAAAGUUUGCAUAGAUGGCGCCAUAAUAGCUUUCUUUAGUUUUCCAAAAAUCCAUGUCAUAAAAUUCCAAAAAAAAAACGUGAAUUUGACACAAUUCUAGGGAUUGACAGGGUAAGCUAUGCUGGCGCCAUCUGUAAAAUACUUCUGCCUCCAUUGAUACUUUGGAUUGCCUUAUGGAAGGUAGAGGCAUAGAUUGCCUAUUCUCAUAAUGGCAGAUGUCAGUAAAUAACCUGUCAAAAUCAAUCAGCCUUUACUUUAUCUAUCACCCCAUUUAAACAACUGUUUAAUUGUCAGUACCCCUAGUGUAAUAAAAUUCGAUUUCCAAACGUGACGUACGCGUUUGCGUUUAGUCUCAUUUUGUAUUGGAUUUCGAAAGAGCGCGCCAAGCGGGACGUUUUGGAACCUCAAAAUCCUAUACAAAAUGAGACUUGACGCAAACGCGUUCGUCACGUUAUGAUGUCGAUCAAAGUUACACUAGGGGUACAGUUUUUACCUAAUUUCCUAAGUAUAUGAAAUCUAAAACCCAAAAUGUUUCAGGGUCAUUCUCCAAAAAUAUGUCUCCGGUCUAAUUGCCACAACCCAUACAAAAUCUAUGAAAACAGUCGUGGGAAUUAGACGCAACCGCAUACAUAUUCACAGAGAAUGACCUUUCACAGAGCGACAACACGGUUAUUAUAAUGGUAACUUUACAAAUCGACAUUAUAAUGCAAGAUAAGCCGCAUCAGGUUCAUCCUGGAUGACAAUAAUGAUGGAUAAUAGCUAAGCAGAGAUACCUAAUUUCACGUUCAAAACAUUGAUUACGAAGAGUUAAAUGAUGAUAAAUAAGAAGUUUUUGAAAUAAAUUAUUUAUUGCAUGA